AUGUCGACGCAGAUUUUUUUUGUGGACGGGCUAUGGCUUUGCCUUCGCCCAUCGUUUAGCAGCUUUGUUCGAGUUCCUGCCGCGUUUCCGUUGUCGAAGAAGGCCUGCAAAUUUCACUGGAGCCGUUCUUUAAGCAGGCCGGUCUCAAUCGCAACGAAACCUCAACAUGAUGCCUCGCAACACGAUCAAGACUUGCCAGAGGAUUUAGCAUUUACUCAAGAAGAGCAUGCAAGCGUGCCACAUGGGGAUAUACAUUCCAAUGCCAAUCCCGCUACCUCACAAGGCGACUUCUCACACCACGGGGUGACUCGUCCCAAAAGGCCUGCUCGAAGGCUAGGCUCCGAACCCCAAGAAGUAUAUGAGGCAAGAAUACGAAUGCGACGACGGAAUGUUGGUUCAAAUGUCGAGCUACAAACCAAAUCUACGGACGUCCUUGAAAACAUGUUAAACAAGGUAGUUGGGAACAGGCCGAACCACACAGCUGCUCUGCGAGUUCUCAAUGAAUUGAUCGAGCGCCGACAUAUAAAACCGCAAAUACAGCACUAUCGGGCAUUGAUGCUGGCAAACGCUGAUGCAAUGUCUGGGUCAGCGGUACAUGUGAAGAGAAUUUUAGAGGAGAUGGAGGAGGUUGGAAUUCCGACCGAUUCGGCGACCCUGCAUGCUGCGUUAAGGGCCCUUGCUAUUCAUCCAGAUUAUUUGCUUCGUCAACAGGUCCUGCACACCCUUCGUGAUCGGUGGUUAUCGCUCAGUCCCGCUGGCUGGCACAAUCUUGUAACCGGUUUGCUUCGCGACAGGAACUACGAAUUGGCAUUGGAUAAGCUUGAGCGAAUGGAAGUUCAGGGCAUCCAAGUCAAGCCGUGGCUGUAUGCACUUGUCGUUUACAACUUGGCGGAUGCCGAAGAAUUCGACGAGGUAUUGAACCUGAUGGAAACGCGUGUCGCAGAAGGGCAGCAGUUUUCGACGAAUCUUUGGUUCCAUAUGCUUGACAAGGCGAGUGCUGCAUUGCAUCAGGGUUUAACGAGCUACAUAUGGAAACAACAAGUGCUGCGGGGGUACUUGAUCCCUUCCUAUGGUGUGUGUAGUAACGUGCUCGCAAUCUGCGCUCGCACGGGCGAUGUCGAAUUGGCAAUUUCGGUGUUCGAUGUCCUAGGCCAGCGCAACGCUACCUUUACUUUAAACGAGUAUGAAUCGCUCCUUGACACGUACGUGACGGCUGGAGAUGUUGAAUCCUCCCUUCGCGUUCUAUGUACAAUGGAGAAAACGAACGUUGAUGUUCGCGAACACUCAACUCGCUCUCUUCUAUCCUCCUUGCUUCCAUCGGAUACGGGAGUCAAAGACGUCUGGCAGACGCUCAAGAGGUUCAAAGAAGAGGAAAACAUGAGUAUUCCUCUUGCUGCAGCGAACCUGGCGGUUGAACUCGCCGCUCACAAAGGCGAUGUCGACGAAGGGAUGAGCAUAUACCGUGAAUUGCAUAAUGUUUGCUCCUCUGGCCCAAACACGUUAACCUUCAAUCACCUUUUCAGUAUGUGUCACAAGGCCAACAGGGUCGACCUGACCAGCUUCUUUCUCCAAGAAAUGCAGCUGCUCAAGGUAUUACCAAACCGAUCCACGUAUGAGAUUUUGGUUGUUUUGUGUGUGGAGUUGGGAUAUUUCGAAGAAGGCCGUAAAUAUCUGCUUGAGAUGACACAGUCUGGGUUUUCAUUGACGGAAACCGUGAAAGAGCGAAUCAGAGCGAAGUGCGCCAAGUCGAAUGACGAUUCUGCGAAGCGCCUACAAUACGAUGCUGCAGUGAGAAAGCCGAUAUCAAGAGGUUUUAGGAAAGUGAAACUUAGGCUACCAAUGAAGGGUUCAAGGGUUGAGAAGGACACAUCCCCCGCGGCUACUAGCGAAGCUGCGAGAGAUGAUACUAGUGACAGUGUGAAAGCAGCACCGAGCUAGGGGAACCUCCCAGCAGCUGCUACGAAGAGCGUGGUGGAGUAAGCAAACAAGAAGCUUGGACACGUUACUUUCUAAUCCUUCUUGGGAAAAAACUGCUAAAGUUUUGAUUUUCAUUGUUUUACGGCAAAGAAGUUGCAAAUUAGCAUCUUGA